UUGUGGUUUAGCCCCGCCUUCCUGCUGAAAGGGAAGCUAAUGGUUUGGCCAUAGCGUGACAUUUUAAUAUCGAAAGUGUCUCUUGUUGUGUUUGCCACUGCUAUGGCCGCGGUACCAGCCGAGGAAGCGACCUCCCUGAGAGCUGAGGACGGCGUGCCGCCCGGUGGAGCUUACGAGGAGGACGCUAAGAAGAAAGAAGAGGGCCUUAAUGAGCCGGAAACAGAACAACGAGGCAGCAGCAUCAAGCCGAAAAUGGAAGAGGUGGACGCUGAGGCCAGUGAAGAAGAGAAGCCCGCUACAUCAGUAGACAAGGCCGCGAGGGAGGUGGACAAGGACCACGGUGCUACCGCGGUCACGCCGGAGGGAACGACCGCUCCUGAAGAACCGGGGCAAAGAGCAGAGUCACGGCCGAGCCUGGAAGAUGGCAGCACCGAACAUACAGGUGACAUCUCAAUGAAAGACGCCAAGGAGGAACCGGACGACGACAGCAGCCGGUGUUCGGGAAUAGACUGCGAAAAGAGCGCAGCUGUUGGGAACGAGAAGCCCGGCGGUGGAGGCGGAGAGCUGGGGGACAAGAGGCGGACGAGCCUGGAGAUCUCAUCCUCAGAUGGGGAACCACUAAGCCGCCUGGACUCAGAGGACAGCACAAGCAGCAGUACCCUGAUGGACAUGGAGAGCAUCGUGUCCAGCGGACGUUCCACCCCAGCCCUGUUGAAUGGACAGAGUAGUGCACGGUCUUCUGCAACCAAGACAAUGGCUUACCCCUGCUGCUGGGACCUGUGUCCACAAUGCUUCAGCUCCAGCCCCGAUCUGGCCGAGCACAUCAGGGGCAUUCACGUGGAUGGGCAGAGAGGAGGGGUGUUUGUGUGUCUGUGGAAGGGCUGUAAGGUAUAUAACACACCCUCAACCAGUCAGAGUUGGCUCCAGAGACACAUGCUGACCCACAGUGGAGAUAAACCCUUCAAGUGUGUAGUUGGAGGCUGCAAUGCCAGCUUUGCUUCCCAAGGGGGACUGGCUCGUCAUGUUCCCAGUCACUUCAGCCAGCAGAGCUCCUCCAAAAUGUCCAGCCAGGCCAGACUCAAGGAGGAGUCUCCCUCAAAGGCUGGACUCAACAAGAGGAAGAAACUUAAAAAUAAACGCAGGUGGACCCUACCAAGGCCCCAGGACUUUUUUGAUGUCCAGACGAUGGAUGCUAUUCGCCACAGAGCCGUCAGUCUCAACCUCGCCACCCACAUAGAAAGUGGAGGAAAUGGUCACAGUGUUGUUUUUCACAGUACGGUGCUAGCCAAAAGGAAAGAGGGGCCUGGCAAGGUAAAGGUUCUUCUACACUGGACACCAGAAGACAUACUGCCUGAUGUGUGGGUGAAUGAGACAGAGCGAUCUCAGUUGAAGACUAAAGUAGUGCACUUAUCCCAGUUACCACAGGACACGGCCAUGUUAUUAGACCCAAACAUCUACCGAGCUCUUCCUCAAAAGCGGCUGAAGAACAGCCUGUAGGAAGUGGAGUCCAUAUCCAGAAGGAUGAUCCGUCAUCAUCAGACAUGAGUCUGGGAUCUGGGAUGGAGCGCUCUUCAACCGCCUUCUGAUUGUGGAGCAGUUAAGGAACUGACUUGCCCCCCCCCCCCCCCCCCCCCCAUUAGUUUUAUCAGAAAUGACUUUACGAAACCUGGAUUGUGUUGUUGUUUUUAACAAGCCUGUUUUGUUACCGUUUUGUGUCAAAUAUUUAUCCAGAUUUGUAACUUAUUUUUUUUUACCAUGGAAAUGAUGAUGUAAUGUUUUUUUAAUCAACCUUUUUAAGUAGAUCCGUAUUUAUGUGCUGAAACAUCAUAAACUGUUACUUGUAAGGUUGUUUACACAUUAUUAGGUGUAAUUAUGCUGUGCAUGUGGCAAAAAUCCUACCCAGUUGUCCUCAUUCUACUUCCUGAAUGCAGUACUGUUAAUUGUGUGAGACAGUUGGACUCUGUCUCAAGUUCAACUGUUUCCAGAGCAAUAAUUCAAGAGGACACUACUGUGUAGAUCUUAACUUUAGAAACCAUAAAAAACAUUUUAGCUGAAAAAGAAAAGAAAAAUAUUUAAUUGUCAACAACUUUUCCACAUGCCCAGCUCCUUUCACCGAGGUCAGAUGAACUUUGUAAAUGUAGUCGAUUAGAAUUUAAAAUCACAAUUUAAGCAUCUAUUAUGUUUUAAAUUUGGUGUAGUCUCUUAAAACUAAUGUUUGUAAUAAAAUGGUGAAAACAACACAAAGGAGCUGUGCAUCCAGUGUGAGGUGAAGAAACCGUAGAUUGUUGGUUCUCUGCAUGUUUGUCGGAGGGAGUUUUUGCUGUCCUGUUAGCAGACGCACUCUGGGAUCCUGCUGUGUGCCAGCUAAUAACUGAGCCAGGGGCAGAGCCACUGUUGGUGAACAUGCCUGCAGAGACAAGAACUGAGUUCAUGGAGAGGUUGUCUCCAACAUGCCAUCACAAUUCAUGUAGGAUUUCAGUAGGUGACCUAAUGAGGAUCUCAGGUGCUGCUGCUGCUUCAGGGGAGGAAGAAGUGAAGAUAUGUUCACCCCCGAUGUGUUUGUGUGCUUUUCUAAUGGCUUACUAUCUGCAAUGUUCUACAGGCUACACGCUGUGGUGCUAAUUCUAUAACCGCUGCACAGUUUACUGUAUAUUUAGGGCACUGGGCUUAGAAUGGGAUGAUUUGGACUGAAAUCCUUUAUUUAUCAAAGCUGUUACAACAAAUCUGCGAACAAGCUAGGCUUUAAACGCAAACACGGUCACGGAACACUCACCCUUUCACUUGGGUAUCUUCUCUGAGGUGCUUCAGCUGGAACAGGAAACCCGCGAUGCCAGAUCAUUUGAAGUCACCCUCGUUGAAAUGAGAGCGUGUUCAAAACCAGUCACUGUUUUCUAGGUGUUGUCCAAAGCUUCAAAUGGUGUUUUUUUAUUUUUUACUUUUUGGGGGGGGGGGGGGGGGGGGGGGGUCAUCUGGUAGUUAGUCCUAAAGUGAAAGUCGUAGCAGCUAGCUGUUUUUCCUCUGAUAUUGAGUCGUGAACCUUUCACACCAGUGGUGUUAUCGUUGGAGGACCCUGGGAAGUUCAGUGAGACAGACAACCAGAUGGUUCAAUUGUGGCUUUCCGUCCAAAAAUUGUUAUUGGAGGAAGUUUUUAGACAAAUGUGAUAGAACAGCUUUAUUUUAUUUUUUUUCUCUUUCGAUAUAUUUGUUAGCUAUACUAUGUGAGAACAUUUCUAAGAGACAUGAAAGAAAAAUUAAGCUAAUUUGUUUUCCUAAUUUGUUAUAGCAGCUUUAAGUUUAGACUUCCCAUUUCAGAUCAUUUUGUGGUGCUAAUGCAUUAUUACUCAUAAAUUUGAACAAAAUGAAAUGUCAUUGUACCAAUUACCUGUAACAUUUUACAUAAAUACUCUUUUACACA